UUGUAUCUUAGUUUAUAUUGUAAAUCUGAAUUUCCUCAUGUAUGUCAAUACAGAUGGAUCGAACCUGGGUUCACGGGAGACAAUUCACACCUGCCUACAUGGAUGGAGUGGCAAAUUUCAUGGAAUAUGUUAGAGGAAAAUACCCUGGAGACAGUGAGAUAUUGUGCCCAUGCCGCAAAUGUCUUAAUCAACAUUCAAGGCCUCAGCAAGAGGUGAAUGACCAUAUACACAUCUUUGGAAUGUCACCUGCUUACACUCGGUGGAUUCAUCAUGGGGAGCCUGUACAAGUAGAUCAUGGUGGAUUGAUUGAAAUCUCAGAGGAGCAGGUGCAUGAUGAAUCUGGUCACGGUGAAGGGAUACAUUUGGGUGAGGAUGACCGAGAUGAUGACAACGGGGUACCAGAGAUGCUAGCAGAUUUGUACACAGCAACAGAGGAAGAUGGAGGGCAACCAAGGUUCACUAAAGUUCUUGAAGAUGCCAAGCGGUCACUCUCCCAGGGAUCACAACAUUCCAAAUUCUCCUUUCUUGUGAGGUUGCUUUAUAUCAAGUCUCAGUAUCGGAUUGGCAAUACAGCAUUUACUGCAUUAUUGAAGUUGUUGUCUGCGGCAUUUCCUUCAUGUGGGUUGCCUGAAUCAUAUGAUGAGGCAAAGAAGUACCUUCGUGAGUUGGGCCUUGGAUAUGACUCGAUCCAUGUGUGCAAGAAUAAUUGCGUGUUGUUUCGGAAUGAUAAAGCCAAUCUGGAGGUGUGCCCGGUAUGCAAGGAAUCCAGAUGGCAAGACGGUGAUGGUAAAAAGCGGGUUCCUCAUAAGGUUUUGAGGCACUUUCCUCUUAUACCAAGGCUGAAGAGGAUGUUCGCCACAAAAAGAACGGCUGAGGAGUCCCAAUGGCACGAGAUGAGGAGGACGCUAGUGGAAAAUGAAAUGAGACAUCCAGCUGAUAGGAAGGCAUGGAAGGACUUCAACUUCAAGUAUCCUACAUUUGCAGAUGAUCCAAGGAACUUGAGGCUCGCCUUAGCUACAGACGGUUUCAACCCAUUUGGCAACUUGAACACUCAAUAUAGUAUGUGGCCCGUGCUUCUGACACCUCUGAAUCUACCACCUUGGGAAUGUGUCAAUCUGGCCAAUUGCUUUAUGUCUUUACUCAUCCCUGGUCCAUCAUCUCCAGGAAAGGACUUUGACCUAUUCCUCGAACCUCUAAUAGAAGAACUACUUGAGCUUUGGAAGGGUGUUGUUACUCAUGAUGCUCUUAGUGGUAAAAAGUUUAAGCUUCGGGCCAUCGUGUUGUGGUGCAUACAUGAUUAUCCAGCAUUGAGCACCUUGUCUGACCGAACUACAAAAGGUUACUAUGCAUGUAUCUAUUGCGACAAAAGUCCAUUGUCACAGGCACUAAGGGGUAAGAUUGGCUACCUUGGUCUCCGUCGUUUUCUUCCAACGACACAUGCUUGGCGGAGAAGCUUGGCUUUUGAUGGCAAUCGUGAAAAUAGGGAUGUGCCCGCUAAGCUCAGUACAAAAGAGGUCUUGGAGCAACUGGAGAAGGUGAAAAAUGUCAGGCCAAGAAAGCAUCCCACAAGCAAUAAAAGGAAGCGUGGGAAGGAUAGUGGGCCACGAAUUUUUAGCCGCAAAGUUGGGUUGUGGAAGCUGCCGUAUUGGAAAGACUUGUUGUUGCCACACAAUCUUGAUGUGAUGCAUAUAGAGAAGAACAUAUGUGAUAGCAUCCUUGCCACAUUACUCAAGCUGGAGGGCAAGACAAAAGACACAGCCAACGCCAGGCUAGACUUGCAAGAUAUGGGCAUUAGACAUCAUUUGCACUUACAAAAGCAUGGCAACACAGUUAAAAUGCUCGAUGCACCCUAUGUGUUGAAUAAGGAAAGUUGAAUUCGAUUUUGUAAGUUUCUCAAAGAUGUGAAGUUCCCACAGGGGUAUGCAGCCAACCUGGGCAGAUACAUAAGUGCAGAUGGUACCAAGGUGCAAGGGCGACUGAAAACCCAUUCUUGCCAUGUACUACUCCAAAGGAUCAUACCUGCUGCCUUAAGAGGGUUGGUAGGGAAAGAUGUAUAUGAAGCGGUUGCAGAGCUUGGGACUUUCUUUAGGGAAUUGUGUAGCAGAAAUCUAAAGAUAGAUGUUGUGAAAUGACUCAAAACCCAAAUCCCAAUAAUUCUUUGCAAGCUUGAGAAAAUUUUCCCUCCAGCCUUCUUCGAUGUCAUGGAGCACUUGGUUGUGCAUCUACCUGAUGAGGCAUUGCUUAGGGGCCCUGUUCAGUAUGGAUGGAUGUACCCUAUAGAGAGGAAACUUGGUACUUUGAAAAUUUUUGUGAGGAACAGGGAUAGGCCUGAAGGGUCAAUUGCAGAGGCUUAUGUCGCAAGUGAUACCUUGACAUUUUGUUCAAGGUAUAUGGAGGAUGUUGACACUAGAUUUAACCGAAAUGUUGGUAGUGUGGGAGAUGGGCCAUUGGUUGGGGACACAUCUGUUUUUAUGCAUGGUGUUACUCUUGUGGGAGCCAACAGGGUACACUACAUUGAUGAUGAUGCCGUCAUGGCCGAGUUAGUGUGGUAUGUGUUAAAUAACUGGGAUGAAGUUGAGCCUUAUGUUGAGGAGGAGCUACUGACAGAAGGUGCACGUGAUGUUGAGAAAAGGCUUGCAGAAGGAUUUCCUAGAUGGUUUAAGAAACAUGUUAGUGUCCUUACCAAAGAUGGCUUUAUAUGCUCUAUUGAUUCAUUUGUGUGGUGGUAACCUUUUAUUCUUAGUU